UUAGAUCAUGGUUACAAUGAAAUGUUGCCGAGUACUGAUGUAGUUAUAUAUUUUCGUUUAAUUUACGAUAACCUGUGAUAAUGAAAAGUGGUUAACUAUGCGUGUGAUAGUAACUGGAUGAUUUCUCAUAUGCAGUAUUUAUUUUAUGAUAAAGGCAGACUAAAAACGGAAGGAUGUAUGAUCGUUGAUAAUUGGCGUUUAAAUUCUUCCUAAGAAUGAUGACAACAUUCAUUAACAAUUAUUGCAAUAAUUUACGGUAAAGUCAUGACUUUGGUGGAGUAUAUAGAGUAAAUUAUUCAGUGAAAGUGAACUUGGAUAUAAUAUUCACCACUUGUGAAAUGGACAUUGUGUGAUAUAGAUUGGAUGGACCUCUCCAAUGAAUUUCGCGGAGAAAUUCAAACGGCGACGGAGUAGCUUUCCUGCAAGGAAGAAAUCCGAGACGAAGCUCCCAGUAUUCAAGCCAGUACUAAAGAAAGUUGUCAGUAAGAGCCCAAGUCUUCCAAAGCGGCAUUUAUCGCCCGAGCCUGGGGUAGGGCGUGGCCGCGGGGUGGGAGGAGGUAGCACUCUACAGCUUCCGGGUGACACCUCGCUACAUGCCAGUAGGUCACGGAGUCUUGAAGAUCUACACAAGGAUGCAAGCACUGAGUCAAAUUUACAAGAUGACACGACUACAAAAGAGAACGGCAGUGGUGGAGGAAGUGACAUCACAGAUGACGCGAUUGACGGGCCAUCUGUUGCCGGGGGAACGGAAGAGGUACGGAAACGGCGAACAAUGGACCAUAUACAAGAGAAGAUCGAUAAAACGAUGGAACAAAUUAAAGAUGAACAGGCAACUAAAGAAGCAAAUGUCAACGAGUACCUGCGCUUGGCGGGAGAAGCUGACAAACAGCAGCUGUUACGCAUCAAGCAGGUUUUCGAGAAGAAAAACCAGAAAUCCACUGCAUCACUCAGCUCUUUACAACGGAAACUCGAGAAAUACAACAGAGGGAUUCGGGACGUAGAGGCAGGCAGCUAUGGCGUCCACAAACAGACCAAGGAUAAGUUAAAGGACAUGGGUCAAGGACUCAAAGAUGUGGGUGCUAAUAUUGUUGAUGGAAUAUCAGGUUUUUCUGGAGGUGUGGUUGGAAAUAUCAAGGGAGCAAAAGAACAUGUAUCACAAUGGUCCAUAGUAUCCAAGCCCAGGGAGUUUGCUCACCUUAUAAAGAAUAAGUUUGGAAGUGCAGACAACAUAAGUGCCAUGAAAGUAAACGAUGAUGGCCAGCCAGACGAUGGGGAAAAAUCUCACACCGGUGGCACACUUCCUGCAAGACUGAGGCCUUUAUACCUAAGAGAAACAACUCUCGCUCCUGCUGUGAAGUCAGAGGAGCAGGCAGCAAGAUUGACUGUUCCAUAUAUUAGUUUCAAGUACACAUCAGACGAAGACAACUCCAGUAUAACAUCAGGCUCAGGGCUUGGAGCCCAUAGCAGCCCACAGUCAAACUCCGCCAAUGUCUCACAACAUAUUGUCCUGUCUCAGGUUGCAUUGGACAGCCUUCUGUCAGAACUCCAGCAGUCAAAGGAGAGUAGCAGACAACUCCAAGACAAACUACAGCUAGUCAUUGAUGAAUUUGAGUCUUACAAGGUCGAUGUAAAGCAAGAGUUCAGCCUCCUCAGAAGCUGUCAUGAGGAGGAGAGAUUCAAGAUGGAGAGGUUGGAGGAACAGAUGAACGACCUUGGAGAGCUCAGCCAGAAUGAGGUCACCAACCUCAAACAGGACAUCAGUUCUAUGGAGGAAAAGAUAGAAUACAGACUAGAGGAGAGAACCUCAGACAUCCAUGACCUCCUGGAAAACUGCCAGACAAGGGUAACAAAGAUGGAACUGCAGCAGCAACAACAGCAAAUAAUCUCCAUGGAGAUGGUUGAAAAUGUCACAUUUCGUACACUUCUCACUAAGCUGAUCAACGUUGUCCUCGCGCUGCUGGCAGUCAUUCUCGUGUUCGUCUCAACAUUCGCCAACCUUCUAGCCCCCUUCCUCGCUACAAGGGCGAGAAUUGUCACCACAGUAGUCAUGAUAGCCUCUUUCAUUCUUUCAUGGAACAACUGGGCCCAUAUAUGUGGUUUCUUCAGCAGUAUACUUGAAAAUAUACGAAACCUGCUACCCAAUAGGUAGCAUUGUUAGUGUAUAAAUUGUGUGUAUGUGAGUAGAAGGUAGUCUCCCUUGAAAUUGAGCAACGCGCUGGACAAUAAAGAAAACCUGCUAUCCAAACAGGUUCCAUUGUUAGUGGAUUAAGUAUGUGUUUGUGUUUGAGAAGUGGGUAGUCUCCCUUACAAUUAAGUGGAGCGCUGGACAGUAUAAAAAACUACUAGACAACGGAUGGCAUUGUAUUUGGAUUAUAUGUGCAUGAAUUUUAUGUGUAUGUGAAUAGAAGAUAGUCUCCCUUUGAACUGAACAUAGUGUGAAUUUUAUGUGAUUGACAAAAGGUGUUUCUUCCAUUUUAAGCAAAUGCUGUGCUAUUGAGGUUUAAAGUAUUUUCUUCAGAGAAAUAGAUACUAUUUCGACAUGAUUAUAUAGGAAGAGUUAUUAACGUUAUUCCUCAUAUUCAAGAAAUUAUUCUUGAAAUUAAGUGUGUGUUAAAAUGUCAAAAUGGAUUUGAUUUGUGACUUGUUUGUAAAUGAAUACCUCCUGACAUAUGGUAUAAAUAGAUUUACGCUGUUAAAGGCAACUGUGUUGCUGUAUGUUAAUAAAAUAUUGUGAUAUAGUUGUUUGUAUGUAUGGUAGAAGUAGGCUUAGUAAUAUUAUUGUUAUCAAAUUGACAAAGUAAAAUGCCAAUGUCUGUAUUUGUUUGGGAGUGUGUUAUCACAUACACAGUGUGUUUAAAUGGUAGUAAGGCCACUAUUAAUAAAAAAGUUUGUUUUUUUGUUUCCCUACCUAGAAUUAAGGCUUGUGUUAGUUGGUAGGUAGGUUUGUUUAUUUUAAAGCUGGACUCUCACAAAUUAAUUGCUUUGACAUUAUAGCAAAAGAAAUUGUCUUGGAAUAUGACAAAAUGUUUUGGUAAAUGUCUGAAAACCAGCAGUAUAAAACUGCUGACAAAAGGGCAGAUCACAGUUCUCAUAUUUAAGGUAGAAAAUUGAUGUUUAAAAGCCAAAAGCGUUACUAAUUUUUACUAAUUUUCGGCAGUUUAUCAAACAAUUGAGAUCUGUUCUAUUGUGAGUUAUCUUAUAUGACUUAAUUGAAGUCAUUGAUGCCAAAAUUACUUGAUUCUGAGACAGAAAAAGAAGAAAAAGUCAGAACUGUCACUCUGUAAAAGUGCAGCUUUAAGUGUGUGUGUGUUUUUUAAUUUCCUUACUUUAAUUGGGAAAUGAAAAACUGAAAAAUUAAGACAACCUGAAAGGUUAAACAAAAUUUUAAAUGGCUCUUCAUCGACGGGAAAAACAAAAACUUAUUUUAAUUGUAGCCUUAAAUACACAUAGUUUGUUGCUUUGCUUAUGUACAUGUAAUUAUAAUGAGAUUAAGUCUUUGAUUUAUUUGAAAUAAAUUCUGAUUGUUUUUUACUUUUGAAGUAACCAAAUACAUAUCUUUGCCAAUGCUUAGCAGUAGUAUUUGUUUCUUUUAGUUUUUAGAUCAUCUGUUUUUCAAAAAACAAAAUGUAACAAAGGUAAUGUCAUAGCCUUGGUAUCGUCUCCAUUGGCUAGCAAAAACUUAUUGGCCACAACUUAAAGAUAUUCAAAUAAAACUUGGUAAACCUGUUGCCAAUGACCAUACACACAUGUACAGCAAGUCCCAUAACUCUAGCUUCAAUAAUUGUGUAGAACCAGUUCUGGAUACUCAGGUUUAAACAGUUCAAUGGUGUGGUUCAUUUUGGCUCCACAUUCCAUAACGAAACCAGUGAAGGUGGUUUCAUGAGCUUUUAAGUGCAUACAAAAGUCUCAUUUUUGGGCCUAUUUUCAUUACUGGCAUCAACAUAGAACCGGUUCUAGAAACUGGUUUGAACUGGUUCAAGGAUUUUGUUCAUUAGAGACUGACUUUCAAACUCCACAAUGAAUCUGGUUUGAAGCUGUUUGGGUGGUUUGAUUGGCCCUUAAGUGCCAAGAAAGUCACAUUUUUGGGCCUAUUUUCAUAACCAGGCAUCAACAUAGUUCUGAAAAAAAACUGGUUUGAACUGGUUCAAAUGUUUGUAUUAUUUAAGACUCGUCCACAAUCCACAAGGAAGUCAGUUUGACACUGAAUGGAACUGGUUCAAACAUUGUGGUUCAUUUUAGACUGACGUCACAUGCUGCAAUGAAACUGGCUUGAGCCAGUACAGGUUUGUUUCAAGGGCCCUUAACGUGAUAUACUUAGUUAUGCCUUUUGUUUGACUGCAUGAAAACAAAAGAUAAGCGCUCUGUGGCACUUUUGUUUUUUUUCCUUAUGAAUUAUAUUGUGUUUCUACCUUUCCUACAAAACAUUCCUGCCCUGAACGGGAAUCAAAUUGUACCUUACCAUUUUCAAACACUGAAAUACAAACGCUAUCAAAAACCUUCAUUUAUCUAAGGAUUCUAUACCAUUUGCAUUGUAUUUUAAGAUAAGCAUAGUUUUGGUGUGAUCCAUACUGUUGUUAAGGUUUGACCAUUCAAGGAGCAUAAGUAACAAAUUUUGCUAAUAAUAAUAAAUAUGCUUGGAUAGAUAAUGCUCAGAAAAAAUCCUGAAAUUUCUGAAUGCCAUUCAAAAAUCAUUUUAAAACUUUGUUUGGCACGCUUAUAUGUCCUAGGGUAUGGUGGUGAGCAAGAUUCUGACCUCAAAGAAAUUGAAUCAAAAGUGUUGCGUUGUUGUUUUAUCACUAAUAAUUCAGAUUAUUGUAAUUAUCAUCGUAAUCUUAAUCACAAGUACAUCUUUAAAUACAAAGCCGUCUAGUGCAAAGUCCUAGGGUUUAGCUCAAUUUGAAUAGUACCUGUUGACCAAGUCUGAAUGUUUAGUUCAAAUUAGCUCAAAUUGAGGAGCACCUGUUGACCAAGUCUGAAUGUUUAGCUCAAAUUAGCUCAAAUUGAGGAGCACCUGUUGCCCAAAUCCUAAGAUUUAGCUCAAAUUGAAGGGAAGCACCUGUUGCCCAAAUUGUUAAAGCAAGAUGAGAAAUUAUUUUCAAUUAUUUUAACUCGCUUAAGGGCGUGAGCCUUGAAAUGUCCUUUUCCAUAAAACAAUUAGGAUUAGUUACUGUACCCACAACCUGAGUUCCUGGAAUUUUACACGAGCGCUUCAGCAUGUGUCACAGGGGUAGUAGGUAAUGUCACUUUCAUGCCAAGUUGAAAAAGGACAAUGUUCAAUAAAUAGCUGAGUAUAAGUGAAUAGCAUUGUUAUUUAUCAGCACGUCUGCGUGUUAUUGAAUGGUUAUGCAACGCCUACUAGUUGCUGUUCCAAUAUUGGAGUUGAUAUACUAGACUUAAACGAGAGAACAAAAAUCAAAUAUGGUACAAGAAGGUUAAUAUGAUUAUACAAAUAUGGAUAAAUAACAAGUAUCACCAGACACAUACAAUAUAAUUUGCACCCUCAUGCAUUUUGUUGUUUUUCUUUUAUACCUUUUUCUUUAAGUUUGUUAUUUACACUUUUCUUGUAAUGCCAGUCAUUGCCGUUACGUGUCAUUUGAAGUUAUUUAAUUGUUUUGUGUUUUUCAUUGUUUUUUUUUAAAGAGAUCUCUCGAUUAAUAGCAAACAUAUGUAGUGUCAAAAACGUUUUACUUUGAAUAAGGUACAUCUCAAAUUGAAAAAUUAUUUCAAAAUUUAAAUCUGAUAUUAUUAUAAUAUUGUUGAAAAUAUUAUUUUUUUUCAUGUUAUAUUCAAGUCUAACUACUAACUAACUUUUAAAUAAUUAUAUCCUUAUGUUCAAAGAAUAUUUUUCUGUUAUGUUAAAUUUUUUGUUUGUUUUAAGUCGCUUUUGUUCUUUAAAUUUUGUGUUGCAUUUUUAUAUAGUGCUGCGAUUGUUUGAUAAUUGAAAUAUAUGUAUAAUUACAUGUACAAUAAUAUAUAAAAUGACAUAUUUUGUACAAAGCAACAUUAUAAUUAUUAUGUAUAUAUAGUUAUUUUUAGCAUAGCAUGACCAGUACUAUAUUUUAACACUAUACAUGGAUAUAUUGUAUAUACAUGUUUUCCAUUAACAUCAUAAUUAUUAACUUAAUUAUUCAUUAACAUGUACAUUUUCUUCAUAUUUUUUAAUGUAUGAAACAAUGUAUUUGAAUUUAGUGUCCUUCAAAUAUUGGGAGAACUGGACAGAAACAUUUUAUGUAAAACACACAAAUAUUAUUUAUGGAAUACAACAUUUGUAAAAAAUGACCGUAAUGCUGUUCCAGGGAAAUAAUUACCAUUCAAAUAAAUAAUUUAAAUAUAAAAAAAUAAAUAAUUUAAGUUUAUGAAUUUAUUCUUUAAAGUACAAAAAAAAACAUAAAGAAAAAAAAAUUGUCACAAAAAAAGAACAAAGCCUAAAUGCAUUUCAUAAAAAAGUUUUUAAAGUAAAAGUAAGCAAAAAUGUUUUGAUGAGCACUGAAUUUGUAAAAUAUGUGUUUGGGAUGUUGCUCAGUAUUUAUAACUCAGUCAUCGAAAUUAGACUCUUGAAGGGACAUAUUAAGCUUGAAUUAUUACAUUUUUUGAGUGCUUGACAUAAAAAAAUUCAACAAGCCUGACUCAGCUUUAUGUGUCAUCAAAAACUUUUGGAUGGAGAUAAGCUCAAAAUAAACUUUUCGAGAAUUUGACAGGUAAACAAUAUAACAAGCCAGGCUCCUAUAUGAACUUCAAAAUAAGACUUUUGGAUGGAGAUAAGCUUGAAUUAAUAUACUUUUUGAGUGCUUGACAUCAAAGCAAUUUAACAAGCCAGGCUGCUAUAUGUCAUCAAAAUAAGACUUUUGGAUGGAGAUAAGCUUGAAUUAAUAUACUUUUUGAGUGCUUGACAUCAAAGCAAUUUAACAAGCCAGGCUGCUAUAUGUCAUCAAAAUAAGACUUUUGGAUGGAGAUAAGCUUGAAUUAAUAUACUUUUUGAGUGCUUGACAUCAAAGCAAUUUAACAAGCCAGGCUGCUAUAUGUCAUCAAAAUUAGACUUUUGGAUGGAGAUAAGCUUGAAUUAAUACACUUUUUAAGAACUUGACAUCGAAACAAUUUAAGAAGCCUGGCUGCUAUAUGUCAUCAAAAUUAGACAUUUGGAUGGAGAUAAGCUUGAAUUAAUACACUUUUAAGUGCUUGACAUCAAAACAAUUCAACAAUCCUGAACUUCAAAAUAAGAGCAAGCCUGGAAGCAACUUACCAGUGCAGGGCCUGCUGGUUUGUGCUACCUUUGACCACUGAAUAUCCAUUGACAUAAUUUAGGUAAUUAUGGCUUAAUCUGUCAUAAACAUGUGAAACAUAAACAAUGCAAUACAUAUUGUUAGCCAAACAUAUUCUGCUUUGUUAACGCAUUUCAUUUUAAUUUUACUGGAGCUUUGUUAUUGAUAAGUCCAGUUUGCUAUUUUUUUUAUUUUUAAGUACAAUUUUGAGGAACUAUUUUUUUCACCUUCUCAUUAUUUUUUCUAAUGAAGAACUCCAAGAUUAGUGCCAUCUUUGAAAAGUUAAUUAAUGAAAAAGAAAAAAAAUAUUAUUACUGAUAUCAUUAUUAUUGGUAUUAUUAUUGUUAUUAUUAUUAACAGCAAAAAUAAUCUAUGUAGAAUUUUCACUUUUCUGUCAUUUUCAGAAUCUUUUAUUCAAUAAAUGUGAAAUAAAAAUGAAUAAUUAUUUUACGUACAUAACACUAGUUAUGAUUAUUGUUCUUAGAAACUAUGAAAUUUAUGUCAAAAGUGUAAUACAUGUUGAAACCUGGAAGGUGAUCUGUUAAUUUCUUUUCGUUUUCAUUGUUUAAAUCAUAUUUGUACACACUAGAUUUUUCCAUGUUUGUUGGUCAUCUAUUGAAUUUAAUUCUCAUUAUAUUUUUUUUCAUCUCAUAUUAACCAAUUUAUUAUAUAAUUCUCUAUUAAUUGUUAUUAAAAUUAAUCUCAGAUUCUUUUUGCAAUCAUUUCUGAACACUUUGAACAUCUGCUUACUCAUAAAUGUAAAAUACUUAGUUUCAAUUUUAAAGGUUGAAAGUGUGUUUGUUAAGAGAUACAUUUGAUAGAUACUGAAUUUCCAUCCCCAUAACACAAAGCACUUAAUCCAAGGACAAUAGCCUGGCCCCAAUUUCUCGAAACUUUUUAAUCUUAACAGGCUUAAGUCGCUUAUUUCAAUUAGCCAAAAUACAUACUAGUAAGGGACUUAAGAAGUUUUGAGAAAUUGGGGCCUGCAGAGUGAUCUCUCUUGAUGAGCAAGGAAGAACUCUUGUCACCAAUAACAGCAAUAAACAUUUUUUUAAAGAAACUAUUCAUUAUAAAUUAUCUCAUUGCUGUAUUGAUAUGAUUAUAGAGCAAAGGCAAGUAACUGCUGGGUGGAGUUUCAUCCGAGGAGUGCCGAGUUUUCAUUCUUAAAACUAUUCUCUCAAGGAGAUUGCAAUCUUUGUUCCUAGAUUAAUUCUAUUUAGUUUUGAUAGAUGUCACUGGCUUUUUUUCAAAAUCACUCCAGAUCUGCUUUCAUUUGUGUUAACGGUACACCACAGUUUCACAAUAUCAUUGAAUUUUGUAUUUAAACAAUCACAAUGGAUGUUUAUCUUUUGGUUUUCAUGAUGUUUUGCAAUUUCAUUGUAAAAACCUCACUAUUAGAUUCACCAAUUGUACAGAACCUGUGCUAUCCUUUAUAAGUAGAAAACGGAGGGUGGUAGACCCUUAAUCCCCUGUCUUGUGUUAAGUUGUACAGAGACUGUCACAAAAUGAUGAUCUGAAUAAAACAGUGGAAAUUCA